AUGGUGGCGGCAGCGUGGUCACCCCGGGAGCGGGUCUGGCAGGCUGUUCUCCUGGUGACUGGACUGGCAUCUCUGAGCCGUGGGUCUGAUGCCAACAUGUUGGACACCAUGCUUCUGAAGAACGGAGGGUCUGAGCGAAAGGCGGAGGAGAGCAGCAGCAGCAGCACGGCCACUGUUUCAGCUCAGAACAUGCUCUUGUGCUACUGCAACCACCUCUGCCCGGAAAACUCCGUCAACAACACCUGCAUCACCAACGGAUACUGCUUCACCAUGGUGGAGGAGGAGGAGGGGGGAGUGGCUGUACUCACCUUAGGUUGUUUAGGAAUCGUUGGUUCUGAGUUCCAGUGUCGGGACACGUGGCAUGCUCGUUCCAGGAAAUCUCUCGAGUGCUGCACGGAUCAGAACUACUGCAACCGAGAUUUGCAUCCCACUCUUCCUCCGAUCAUGACGUCAGACUAUGUGGACAGCAGCAUCCAGUACAUGGCUCUGUUCAUUUCCAUCACCGUCUGCACCAUCAUCCUCGGCCUCUGCCUCGUCUUCUUCUACCUCAGGUAUAAGCGGCAGGAGUCACAGCCGCGCUACAGCAUCGACCUGGAGCAGGAGGAGACCUACAUCCCCCCCGGAGAGUCCAUUAAAGAUCUCAUAGAGCAUUCCAGGAGCACGGGGUCUGGCUCAGGGUCAGGACUCCCUCUACUGGUGCAGCGAACAAUCGCCAAGCAAAUUCAUAUGGUGAAGCAGAUCGGGAAAGGGCGGUACGGAGAGGUGUGGAUGGGCAAGUGGAGAGGAGAGAGAGUGGCGGUGAAAGUCUUCUUCACCACAGAGGAAGAGAGCUGGUUCAGAGAGACGGAGAUUUAUCAGACCUUCCUGAUGAGGCACGACAACAUCCUGGGAUUCAUAGCGGCCGACAUUAAAGGAACCGGCUCGUGGACCCAGCUCUACCUGAUCACCGACUACCACGAGAACGGCUCCUUGUACGACUACCUCAAGUCCAACACGCUAGACGUCAAGUCUCUGCUGAAGCUGGCCUACUCCUCCAUAUCGGGCCUGUGCCACCUGCACACCGAGAUCUACGGCACGCAGGGAAAACCGGCCAUCGCACACCGGGACCUGAAGAGCAAGAACAUCCUGGUGAAAAAGAACGGAUCCUGUUGCAUAGCCGACCUUGGGCUGGCUGUCAAAUACAACAGUGACACCAAUGAGGUGGACAUCCCUCCCAACCUCCGGGUGGGCACCAAGCGCUACAUGCCGCCCGAAGUGUUGGAUGAGACGCUGAACAGACGCCACUUCCAGUCCUUCAUAAUGGCCGACAUGUACAGUUUCGGCCUCAUCGUCUGGGAGAUGGUGCGACGUUGCAUCUCCGGAGGCAUUGUGGAGGAGUAUCAGCAGCCCUACCACGACCUCGUGCCCACUGAUCCCUCCUAUGAGGACAUGAGGGAGGUCGUGUGCAUUAAGAAACAAAGACCUUCCUUCGCUAAUCGCUGGAGCAGUGAUGAGUGUCUACGGCAGAUGGGAAAGCUGAUAUCUGAGUGCUGGAAUCACAACCCGGCGUCCCGCCUCACAGCCCUGAGGGUGAGGAAGACCUUGGCGAAGAUGUUAGAGUCCCAAGACAUCAAGAUGUGA